UUUUUCAAUGGGAAGCCAUGAUGGAAGUUUGAGAGUUGAACAGUAGAGAGGAGAAGCGAAGGAAAGGACCUCACAGGACUGUAGACCGCUCUCACGCUACAUAGAGAUUUUAUUUUUUGGUGGAGGCUGUCACCUUUCAUUUCAUGUGUUGGAACCUAAACAUCACGGAUGGUUGAAAUGUUUGAUGGCUUUUAUUUUUUUUUAAGGAUGUGUAGACGAGCUAGCGUGCUAGCUGUUGAAGUUAGCGGCUAGUCGGGCAGUGCGCGCGUGAGCGGAGCGCGAGUGGGGGUCUGUCAGCCGUUCUUCAAGUGGAAGCGCCCGGAGAGGAUCCUCUCUCCGCCUUUCCGCUCAAUCACGGCGGCUACGGUGCGACCAGAGACUUGGCGUGCAUUUGAAAUACUACCGUUCGAGACGUGGGGAGUCGCUUAUCUUUUCACCCGGGGCUCUUGUGAGCUCAGGAGGGCAUUUUGGAAGCCGGGCCUGUGGUGGUUUGGAGCGAGGCCCUUGAUGAGAGAGCAGCAGCAGACACCAUUCUAGCUAGCAGGUGAGCUAGCUGGCGACUGCGAACUGCGCAGAGCAUAUCGACGACUGAUCGUGCAAAAAGCAACAAUACUCUCUCACACACUAAAUACCCUAAAGACUCCUGUCACAGCCAUGGCUGGGAUCUUAAAGGAAUUCGUCAGCCGAAACAAAAGGAGAUACCAGGAAGAUGGGUUCGACUUGGACUUGACGUAUAUUUAUCCCAAUAUAAUUGCUAUGGGCUUUCCUGCUGAAAGGCUUGAGGGUGUCUACAGAAACAACAUAGACGAAGUAGUGCGGUUCCUGGAUUCAAAGCAUAAAAAUCAUUACAAGAUAUAUAAUCUAUGUGCAGAAAGACAUUAUGAUGCUGCCAAAUUUAAUUGCAGAGUUGCACAGUAUCCAUUUGAAGAUCAUAAUCCUCCUCAGCUAGAGCUUAUCAAACCUUUCUGUGAAGAUUUGGAUAAGUGGCUCAGUGACAAUGACAAUCAUGUGGCUGCCAUUCACUGUAAGGCUGGAAAGGGGCGUACGGGUGUCAUGAUUUGUGCAUACUUGCUACACCGAGGCAAAUUCAAAAAAGCACAAGAGGCUCUGGACUUCUAUGGUGAAGUUAGAACCAGAGACAAGAAGGGAGUGACUAUUCCCAGUCAGAGGCGAUAUGUGUACUACUAUAGCUACCUUCUGAAGAAUAAGUUGGAGUACAAACCUGUGGCCUUGCUCUUUCACAAGAUGGUGUUUGAGACUGUGCCUAUGUUCAGUGGAGGGACCUGCAGGGAUACUACUGUAAAAAGCAAGAGUGAGCAGAUUCCACAUGGGUUCAGAAAAGCCAAUUGGCAUUGGGAUCCUCAGUUUGUGGUGUACCAGCUGAAGGUAAAAAUCCACACCUCCAACCCAGCACACACGAGGCGAGAGGAGAAAUACAUGUACUUUGAGUUUCCACAGCCGCUGCCUGUGUGUGGAGACAUCAAGGUGGAGUUCUUCCACAAGCAAAACAAGAUGUUGAAGAAGGACAAGAUGUUUCACUUUUGGGUGAACACCUUCUUCAUCCCUGGACCAGAGGACAGCUCAGAGAAGGUGGAAAAUGGAGGUUUAGUGAAAGAACUGGAUGGCAUCCAAACCAAGGAACGGGGAGAGAAUGACAAGGAUUAUCUAAUCCUCACUUUAACCAAGAACGACUUGGAUAAAGCAAAUAAAGACAAAGCAAACAGAUACUUCUCUCCAAAUUUCAAGGUGAAGUUGUACUUUACGAAAACAUUGGAGGAACCAUCCAACUCGGAGGCCAGCACUUCUACAUCUGUAACCCCGGAUGUUAGCGAUAACGAACCAGACCAUUAUAGAUACUCAGACACAACAGACUCAGAUCCAGAAAACGAACAGUUCGACGACGAACAGAUCACUAAUGUUUGAAAUAUUUUUAUGGGAAGAAAAAGAAACCAUACGUAAUAGAGUUGUAUAAAGGAGAAAACUUGAAUAUGAACUGAAAGCAAGUACCUUUUUUUUCCAAACAGAAGAAGGAUGCUCAUCAUUGGUUUUAGGGACAAAAAUUCUGACCAAUUUUUUUUCUUUUUCUUCAUUUGCCCAUCUCCAUAAGUUAUCAACACUGCUGAUCCAUGGAAGAAAGCCUCAGUAGCUUUUAUGUAAAUACACUUUCAUGCCGUAACACAAAAGAAAACCUCGGAAUGGGAGAUCGUUUAUGGGAGAAAUUUGGUGGAUAUCUAAAUUUGCUGCUCCAUUACCUGUUAAAACCAAGGCCAGUGCUUUAAUCAGCAUUCAUGCCCCCCAUGUCUGUCCUUCUGUUUUGCCCCAAACCUCCUGUCCAACCUACUGUGAAAUGCUUCAUGUCAGCUGGGCUCUGUUGUGCAGUGGAAACUGAGUCACACCAUUUUUCAUUCUGCUUUCAUCAUUAUUACUACUACCACUACUUCAUUUGCAGUGGUAAUGACUCUUCUAAGCUAUGUGACAUCUGGGCAGAAAACACAACAAAUGGCACCACCAUGUAUUAUCUUUUACUUUUCUGUCUUUUUUUUUUUUUAAUGCAAACAUACACAAACGACAGGGAACCCAGUGUUGAAAUAACGUUAACACUAUAGUUCAUGGAAUAAGGUGUGCAUGUUAUUGGAAUUAGUUUCCAUGUUGUCAAAUAAAUGGUAUACAUUGUUUUUCUAAAAGUGGUUUCUAAAGUCAUUUAAGAUUUGACUGUAUUUUGGAUGGAAGUCAUUGCCGUCACAUUCUCAUGGCUUCUGCAGAUUGGAUUUUAAUCUAUAAACAUGUUCCCCCUUCAAAACGUGCAUUUGUUUAAAUUCACAGGAUCUGUUUGCUUGUUUUGUCUUCCGAUUCUUGAGGUUAGGUUCUUAACAGUUCAUGUGUUGAAUGUUCUUCAGUACGUUGAAACAACGAUCAAACUUGCGUUAGGACGCUGCGUGGCCACCGUUCACUACAGCGAUUUAAAAACUUGCACAGCUCAAAAACAGUUAAAAUUGAAUGAGCCAGCUCUACUAUAUGUCAUUCAAACUCUUACAUUGCAUGUGAACAUGGAGAAGCCCUUCUCUGAAUGUAUCAACCUUGGAUGCGAGUUUCGAUUUGUUGUUUGACAGUUUUUUUAUAUUACUUUUUCUUCCAACCUUGGCUGCGUCAGAUAUCAGAUCUUUGGCUCCGUAACAUCUUUGUAGCCUUAUUGUGCAUGAUCUAAUGAAAUCUGGAUCAUUCAUUUAUCCAGCAAUGGUGCUUACAAACUGCCAAACUCGCAAUGUACAGUCAUUUCAGAGCAAAGAAUCUGCAAAUCUCAUGGUGCAAAUAGUUGUAACUGUUAGUUGCACUUUGUUGUGCUUAACCGAUAGUCUCCAACAAAUUGGUGUCCCUGACUAGCUGGCUGUUUUUUUUAUUUUGUUCUCAAACAGGCCUCAUUCCCUAUGGAAUGAGCAAUAGUGCAGCUACAGAUUUUACAGAAAGUCUUGUGCUUGCUUCAGAAAUAUUAAAGCCCUAUAUAUGAGAAUAUUUAAAUGUAUAAUUUUCUUUUAAGCAUGCCAAAUCUUUUUUAACACCUGGCUGAUGAAGCCAGACAAAAAAGAAAAAAAAAAAAACUUUCUCAGUCUCUUGGGCAAGAAUCUUCACUAAGGGUAGUGAGUAAGCUGCCUUUCUUGUACUGUUAACGUUCAGGCUUCAUUCUUCACACCAGCCCACUGCACACGGCGUACAUCUCGCCUUCCUUAGAGAAAGAAUAGCUUUCCCAGGCAUGGGGAGGAUACUCAACCUUCCUUCGUGUGAUUGUACACUAACCAAUCCAGGAAAGAAAGAAAAAAACAACAACAAACCUAUCAAGGAUUCUCUUUUUGUUUACAUUUUAUUACAUCACUGAAAACCUGCCAAAAUUAAGCUUUAAAUGUUUUAUUUUAUUUGUUUUGAGAGGAGGCGGCGGGGCCCACGGGAGGUAUUCUUUGCCUUACUUGAAGUUGACAAUGCUUACUCUUCUACUGCUUUGAUACCUACCAUUCUGCCCAAGCACUGACUUAUUUAAAGCUACUAUAAUAGAGCAACAUAUUGUACUAGACAUUUGCACUGUUACAGGUCUUUGCAGGGUUUCAGUCAGCGGACCACAGUUUUUUUUUUUUUUUUUUUUUUUUUUCUGGAAAUGCUUUGCAAUCAAAUAUAGGAGAGUAGCGACGGAAGGAAAAUACUUGGUAUACAUUACUUUUGUCGCUGUGCACCCCCAUAGAAUCAAAUGUGUCAUUAUUGACUGAAAAUUUCAUUUUUUUUUUUUUUUACCAACUAUUUAUGAAAGUAUUCAUUCACCUUCUGGCAAAGCCCCUCUGCAGGUAUUCCUUCAUCCUAUAGUCCUACACUUGUGCUGAUUUCUUUUGAAUGUUUAGCAGUUUAAUGUAUGUCUCCACUCAAAGGCAUCACGUAACAAGCUUGCAUUAAAGGGACAGUUCACCCAAAAAAUUACAAUUCUGUCAUUAUCUACUCACCUCAUGUUGUUCCAGACCCAUAUUACAUUGUCUUUUCAAUGGAACACAAAAGGAGAUGUUAGGCAGAAUGUUGGCCUCAGUCACCAUUCACUUUUAUUGUAUUUUUUUCCCCCAUACAACGAAAUUUAAUUGUGACUGAGGCUAACGUCUCCAUUUGUGUUCUGUGGAAGAAAGCAAGUCAUAUUUGGCCAUCUCUAUGACACAAGACACAUUUAGCCACAGUACCCUAACAUGCAAAACCUCAGACAUCCUUUACGUGGCACGGGUGUGUGGAGCUCACAGGCAGCAACAAAAAUUAAUUUUCAGCUUUAAUGCAAAACAAAAAGUCUUCAAAGAUGCCAGUGUAUAUGUGUCACGUCACUCUUUCUUAGCUGAUUUGUGCAAUAUGUUGUUUUGAUGCCUGUGGUUGCCACAAAGUGCCUCUUGUUUACAGUUGAAAAAAAAAAGUGCUUGCUUUAAAAACUGAACUUUGUUACUUAUGCGGAUGGAUGGAUGGAUGGAUGGAUGGGGUGGUACUGUGCACUAAAUCGUCCAGCUAGACCUGCAGCAGGGGGCCCUUUGGACUUUAGCCAUGCUUCAUUUGAAAGCAUUCUUCUCGCCAUCCCCCUAGAGUGUUUUUUUUAGACACACAUUCAUGUAAAGUGGGUAUAUUUUCAGUCUUUAAGAAAACAGCCUUACUCUGUUUCAGCCUGUUCAGAUACUAUUGUGCUGUGCAACAGUUGCUCUGUGUGUAAUGCCUAUGCACUGAGAAUACACAAACCAACCAUGUAUGAAAUAUUGUACAGGUAAUCAUGUUGCUCAUACAAAUCACAUGUUUGUUUGUAAUUGUAUGUGUAAACUGCCCUUUAUCUUAGUGUUAUAAACUCCACAUAAAUCCAAUAAAGUCUCAUUCUUGUCA